GUAGGCAUGGCCGCACCCCGGGCGCCCGCGCGGCGCCGCUGACCCGCCGGCGUCCGGCAUGACGGGCCGGGCCCUCGCUUCUGCCCCCGCCUCGCUGCAGCGCCAUGGAACGCCUGCGGGGCCUGCCCCGGCUCCUGCCGCGCGCGCUGGGGCCGCCCCGGCGCGGACUGUGCGCCCUGGCCUGGGGCCUGACCCCCGGGCGCGCCGCCGGACUGCUCGGCGGGCGCCGGGCCACGUCGCCCAGCGCUCCCUGCGGGCCCCGCCUGGCAGGUGAACUGCGCCGGUUAAGAUCGUCUGAUGUCUCCCAGGCCACGUUGGCCAGUGUAGCCCCGGUGUUCACCGUGACGAAAUUUGACCAAGAAGGAAAGGUUACUUCUUUUGAGAGGAAGAAGACCGACCUGCACCAGGAGCUGGGCCUGCAGGCGCGCGACCUGCGCUUCCAGCACCUGAUGAGCAUCACCACGCGGAACAACCGCAUCAUCCUGCGGAUGGAGUAUUUGAAAGCCGUGAUAACUCCAGAGUGUCUCCUGAUACUAGAUUACCGUAAUCUAAACCUGGAGCAGUGGCUGUUCCGGGAGCUCCCUGCACAGCUGGCGGGAGAGGGUCAGCUGGUCACGUACCCUCUCCCUUUUGAGUUCAGAGCCAUGGAGGCACUCCUGCAGUAUCGGAUCAGCACGCUGCAGGGGAAACUGAGCGUGUUGGAGCCCCGGAUCCUCGACACGCUGGAAGCGUUGGUGGAUCCCAAACACUCCUCCGUGGACAGAAGCAAGCUGCACAUCUUACUGCAAAAUGGCAAGAGCCUCUCCGAGCUGGAAACAGACGUGAAGAUGUUCAAGGAGUCCAUCCUGGAGAUCCUGGACGAGGAGGAGCUGCUGGAGGAGCUCUGCCUCACCAAGUGGAGCGACCCCGACGUCUUUGAGCAGAGCAGCACCGGCAUCGACCACGCGGAGGAGAUGGAGCUGCUGCUGGAGAACUACCACCGGCUGGCCGAGGACCUGUCCAACGCGGCCCGUGGGCUGCGGGCGCUGAUCGACGACUCCCAGAGCGUCAUCUUCCUCAACCUGGACAGCCACCGCAACGUCAUGAUGAGGCUGAACUUGCAGCUGACCAUGGGGACCUUCUCUCUCUCGCUGUUCGGACUCAUCGGAGUUGCUUUUGGGAUGAACUUGGAAUCCUCCCUCGAAGAGGACCACCGUGUGUUCUGGCUGGUCACGGGCGUCAUGUUCAUGGGCAGCGGCCUGAUCUGGAGGCGGCUGCUGUCCUUCCUCGGGCGGCAGCUGGAAGCGCCUCUGCCUCCCGUGGUGGCCUCUUUGCCCAGGAAGAGCCCGCAGGCGGACAGGAGGACGGACACGAGACACAGCGUCCGGCCGGACGGACCGGGGCCCGGCAGGAGUGUCCUCCCGACGCCCCGGUGAGCGCGCGGUCUCUCGCAGCGCCGCAGCAGAGCCCUGAUGCCUUCACAGACUCGGAGGCCUGGAGACGUCACUGGGAUUUCAGCUCCGUCGUCUGGUGAUGGAGCGCAGCAGCCACAGCCCUGGAACUGCACCUUUUAGGGGGAUUCCGAGUAAACCAAAGCACCUGCCUCGUAAGAGGCCAGAAUGCUCUCGUCUGCCAAGCUGGAGGGCCACUCCUGCAGGCCGUGAGCCGGGGGCCGGCUUAACAGCGGGGGGUGGUGCAGGGUUCACCUUUGCGCGCACGGAGGACAGCAGCGUCAGGCUCCGCGCAGCCGGGAGGCUGGACAGACCCCCAGGUGGGCCACGUGGCCACAGCUCAGGGUGGGCCCUGUCCUCGUGCGUCUGCGGACUGCCAGGUGACGGGACAGCCAGCAGGCGCCAGGUCGGCCUUAGCUCGGACUCAGGAGGCCUGUGCUCUGAACCCCCAGCCUCCUCUUCUUGUGCCCGCCCCCUUUUAUAAGAGGGGGUGACGUCAGCGUCGGGUGGGUUCCGACUGGUUAAUGUCUGCAGGCGUGGGCUUGGGGAGAAUCUCCACUCUUUUCGCUGGUUUGCAGCUGCCUUGGUCGGCCCUUGACCUGCAGGUGGAGGUGCCCUCCCCCCCAGGCUGGCAGGUGGGCUUCCUAAGGCAGGAGGGCAAGAACGCUGGGCCUGCAGCCCCUUUUGUCCCCAUGGCCAGAGCUCCGGGGUCGGAAGGGGCCGCUGACCCCUGCCCGUCUCAGUGUGGCUGCCCUCCGCGACCUCUCGUGUGCCCCUUCGCAUUUCCGGAGGGUGAAGGCAGUUACACUGCCUCUGAGGUCGCGAGCCUGCGAGGCACCACGCGGCCCCAGCCCAGCCGCAGUGGGGGCACUGACACCAUUAGGUGCUGUUGGAGGAGGCGGUGCUGGGGACCCUUGACCAGGGGGUCUGGUGACGGGAAUAAACACGCUGUUCCCGCAGCUGAUCUAAGAGGACGGGCGGCCUCCCUGCACGCUGCUGUGGCCCUGAGCAGCCACCAGGGGGCGCUGGGGCUGACACCAGCCUCCGACCUCACAGGUCUGGGGGGACGACGGAUUCCACAGGGCGCACCGCUGCCGAUUGUGGCCGUGUCACUGGGGAACAGUGACGGCCACUUAACCUCGACAGGGCACCGGCGCCCAGAGCACGGAACGUGGUUCUGCUGUGGUCGGGCACAGGACUGGGUCUGGUCCCCUCCUCUCGGCGCCGGUGUGCGGCUGUGGGUCCAGUGACUGAGCUGUGUCCUGGCAAGGCCAGGGAGAACCUGUGCACCUACCUCACACGUCUGACCCAGGGACGCACCGAUGUGGUGAGAGGGGCCCGUCCAGCUAAGGUUCCGUGAUGGGGCCCACGCCCAAGGUGUGCCGAGUUGGGUGCCUUUAGGUUCUGAAUUACGCACACACUCAGCCCCACCUGCUCUUAGGAAGCAGGUGACAGAACAGUCAGGUGGGGCCGUAGGUGGCCUCAUCCCAGGAGCCGCGCACGCGUGCAGGGCCCGCCCAGGAGCCUGGGUGUGGCAGGCCUCUCAGACACGGGGGCGUGGCGGCUCAGGUGCCCUUCCCCCGCUCGCCCCCACCGGCAGGCUGUGGGGGCCGCCCACUACGGCACUGAAAGCUGCUCGUUUCAGCUAUUCCCAGCUUGUAUGGAGCUGUUCUUGGGACAGCCGCGGCAAACUCACACGGUGAGCCUGGGACUUACUUGAGUUGAUACCUGUGGAGGCGGGUCUGCUGGGGAGCCCCCACCUCCACCUGCCUGCCCUGCCUGAGGGGGACCCCAAGCGGUGCCCGUCCUCCUGCCUUGAAGACAGUUGUUGCAGAAACUGCAAAUGUAUGUAAAUGUGAUCUGAUGCCUUGAAAUAAAAACUUGCGGUCAAUUGU